AUGGCAACGAGCAGCGGCAUCAAGAGAAAACUUGACCGAGAAAAUCGCAUUUUUCAGAGAAAAUGGGAAGAAGAGUACCUUUUCACCGAAUUCAAAGGAAAGCCAAUGUGUCUAGUUUGCUUGGAGACAUUAUCAGCCCUGAAAGAUUAUAAUUUAGGCCGACAUUACAACACCUUGCAUAAAGUUAAAUUUGAGAAAUACACUGGAGCUGCCAGAACCGCUGUAGUAGCUGACCUCAAAGCAAAAGUAUGUAAACAGCAGCACUUUUUCACAAAAGCUACGACGUGUCAGGAGUCAGCCAUCACAGCGUCUUAUGAUGUGGCACUCGAACUUGCCAGGGCAAAGAAGCCACUGUCGGAUGGAGAAGUUGUUAAGAGGUGCGCGGUGAAAAUGGCCAAAGCAUUUGGUGACAACAACAUAGCUAAAAAUUUUGAAGCUGUGUCCUUGUCCCGACGCACAGUAACACGCAGGAUUUUUGACAUCCACGAUCACGUCGAUGUAAAAAUGAAACAAGUCAUGCAGGACUGCAAAUACUUCUCAUUAGCUUUGGAUGAGAGUACAGAUGUGACAGAUGUCAGCCAACUGCUGGUUUUUGCGAGAACGAUUGACAAUUCAUUUUAUGUACAUGAGGAGUUACUGAAAUUUGCAUCUCUGCACGACACUACUAAAGGCAGCGAUAUAUUCAACGCCGUUACCGGUGCUGUGGGUGAAUACGGUGGCUUUGAAAAGCUGUCAGCUGUUGUUACGGAUGGCGCACCUGCGAUGCAGGGAAGACACCGAGGUUUCGCCGGGCUACUCAGGCAGAGCGGAGUAAACUGCCCUAUACUGCACUGCAUCAUCCAUCAGGAAGCCCUCUGCGCAAAGACGUUAAACUUUGGCCACGUCAUGGAUUUGGUGACAAAAGUCACUAAUAUCAUCAGAGGAGGGAACAGAUCGCUAUGUCACCGGAGGUUCAUCACCUUUCUGGAUGAAGUGGAUGCCGAGUAUGGGGACUUACAACUUCAUACGGAUAUCAGGUGGAUGAGUCGAGGAAAGUGUCUGGAGCGUUUUUUUGCACUGCGCUCGGAAAUACCAGCGUUCUUGGAGAACAGCAUUAGUGGCGAUGCAAGUGCAUACUGCGGAAAGCUAAAAGAUACAACGUUUCUUUGUGACAUGGCCUUUCUGACAGACAUCAGCGCGCACCUCAAUCACCUCAACACACUCUUACAGGGGAGAGAUCAAACAGUAUGGAAGCAGGAGCUGGAGGACCGGAGAGAGCUGGAGAGCUGGGGGUGCUGCGUCGAGAACCGGCUGCUCAGCAGAGAAGUGACUAGGAGCGCUGGGGUAGCAGGAGACCAGAAGCAUGGCUGA